AUGACUUCUAAGGAGGACGGCAAGGCGGCGCCGGGGGAGGAGCGGCGGCGCAGCCCGCUGGACCACCUGCCGCCGCCCGCCAACUCCAACAAGCCGCUGACGCCGUUCAGCAUCGAGGACAUUCUCAACAAGCCGUCUGUGCGGAGAAGUUACUCGCUGUGCGGGGCGGCGCACCUGCUGGCGGCCGCGGACAAGCACGCGCCGGGCGGCUUGCCCCUGGCGGGCCGCGCGCUGCUCUCGCAGACCUCGCCGCUGUGCGCGCUGGAGGAGCUCGCCAGCAAGACCUUUAAGGGGCUGGAGGUCAGCGUCCUGCAAGCAGCAGAAGGCCGCGACGGGAUGACCAUCUUUGGGCAGCGGCAAACCCCCAAGAAGCGGCGAAAGUCCCGCACGGCCUUCACCAACCACCAGAUCUAUGAGUUGGAGAAGCGCUUUCUCUACCAGAAGUACCUGUCCCCUGCCGAUCGCGACCAAAUCGCGCAGCAGCUGGGCCUCACCAACGCUCAAGUUAUCACCUGGUUCCAGAAUCGGCGCGCCAAGCUCAAGCGGGACCUGGAGGAGAUGAAGGCCGACGUGGAGUCCGCCAAGAAACUGGGCCCCAGCGGGCAGAUGGACAUCGUGGCGCUGGCCGAACUCGAGCAGAACUCGGAGGCCGCGGGCGGCGGCGGUGGCGGCGGCUGCGGCAGGGCCAAGUCGAGGCCUGGCUCCCCGGCGCUCCCCCCAGGCGCCCCGCAGGCCCCGGGCGCCGGGCCCCUGCAGCUCUCGCCCGCCUCCCCGCUCACGGACCAGCCGGCCAGCAGCCAGGACUGCUCGGAGGAUGAGGAAGACGAAGAGAUCGACGUGGACGAUUGA